GUUUUGGUAGUUCAUCCAAUGUAUGGAUAUUAGUAAAAAUUUGAAUGAAAUUGGAACAUUUUAAAACUCUUAAGUGCUUUCACGCGAGGCUGUUUUCAAUGUUUUUGUUUCCAUUAAGGUAAUAUUGUAUUUAAAUUAUGAAUUUGGUCUGUGAAACUUGUAUUUCUUCUUUAUUAUAUGAAGUAGCUUAAAUAUUCUCAAUGAUUUUCUCCCUAUCUUACUGUUUUUAUCCACUCCGAACAUCUGGAGCUUUGAAAGAUGAAAGAUUCACUCUAACUUUCAUUACAGGAUUCUUUCCACUAAUCCAGAUGCUUGGUGAAGUGCUGAAUAGUUUCUUGGGGAAAGAUGUGGAGAAGAGUUGAAAGUCAUAGACUGGCAUAAGAUGUACAUUUUCUGCUUCUGGCGUUGGGAAUGAGAUGUAUGGAUGUAUGGAGUUCUUACAACUUCAAGAAGAGACUUAUGCAGUGCUGUUGACAAGUUUGAAGACAUUUCAAAUAACCACUUGUUUCUUGUUUCAAAAGUAAAAGUAGGAAGGCAGUCUAUUUUGUGAAAGGAGAAAGGACUCAGGCCAGAAAACUUGUAUGCUAUGGUUAACUGGUUCCCAGCCUCCGAGAAUCUUGUUUUCUAUGGUGUAAAAUUUACUCAGCAUCAGGAUAAGGGAUAACGACUCUAUGGAUAUACAGAAUUCUUCACCAUGGUAAAACUCGCUAACCCGCUGUAUACGGAGUGGAUUUUGGAGGCCAUCAAAAAAGUGAAGAAGCAGAAACAACGUCCUUCAGAAGAAAGGAUUUGCAAUGCAGUGUCUUCAUCUCAUGGCUUGGAUCGUAAAACUGUUUUAGAACAAUUGGAGUUGAGUGUUAAAGAUGGAACAAUUUUAAAAGUCUCAAACAAAGGACUCAAUUCCUAUAAAGAUCCUGAUAAUCCUGGGCGAAUAGCACUUCCUAAACCUCGAAACCAUGGAAAAUUGGAUAAUAAACAAAAUGUGGAUUGGAGUAAACUGAUUAAACGGGCAUUUGAUGGCUUGGCAGAGUCUGGUGGCUCAACUUUGAAAAGUAUUGAACGCUUUUUGAAGGGUCAGAAGGAUGUGUCAGCAUUAUUUGGGGGCAGUGCUGCCUCUGGCUUUCACCAGCAGUUACGAUUGGCUAUCAAACGUGCCGUUGGCCAUGGCAGACUCCUUAAAGAUGGACCUCUUUAUAGGCUCAACACUAAAGCAACCAAUGCUGAUGGGAAAGAGAGUUGUGAGUCUCUUUCCUGUUUACCUCCAGUGUCACUGCUUCCACACGAAAAGGAUAAGCCGGUUGCUGAACCAAUCCCCAUCUGUAGUUUCUGUCUUGGUACAAAAGAACAAAACCGGGAAAAGAAGCCAGAAGAACUCAUCUCCUGUGCAGACUGUGGCAACAGCGGUCAUCCAUCCUGCUUAAAGUUUUCCCCAGAACUAACGGUUAGAGUGAAGGCCUUACGGUGGCAGUGCAUUGAGUGUAAAACAUGCAGCUCCUGUCGUGAUCAAGGCAAAAAUGCAGAUAACAUGCUCUUUUGUGAUUCAUGUGACCGAGGUUUUCACAUGGAGUGUUGUGAUCCACCACUCACACGAAUGCCAAAAGGCAUGUGGAUAUGUCAAAUAUGUCGACCUAGGAAAAAAGGACGAAAGCUUCUACAAAAGAAGGCAGCACAGAUAAAACGGCGCUAUGCUAAUCCAAUAGGACGUCCCAAAAACAGGUUAAAGAAACAAAACACGGUAUCAAAAGGUCCUUUCAGCAAAGUUCGAACUGGCCCUGGAAGGGGUCGGAAACGUAAAAUCACUCUCUCCAGCCAGUCAGCAUCAUCAUCAUCAGAAGAAGGAUAUUUAGAGCGAAUAGAUGGCUUGGACUUCAGCAGAGAUAGCAGUGUCCCCUUGAAGUUCAACAAGAAAACCAAAGGGCUCAUAGAUGGCCUUACCAAAUUCUUCACCCCUUCCCCUGAUGGGCGGAAAGCUCGAGGGGAAGUGGUAGACUACUCUGAGCAAUACAGAGUCAGGAAAAAGGGCAACAGAAAAUCAAGCACUUCAGAUUGGCCCACAGACAAUCAGGAUGGCUGGGAUGGUAAACAAGAAAGUGAAGAGCGACUUUUUGGGAGUCAGGAAAUCAUGACUGAGAAAGAUAUGGAAUUAUUUCGUGAUAUCCAAGAACAAGCACUGCAGAAAGUUGGAGUGACUGGCCCCCCUGACCCACAAGUCCGCUGUCCCUCUGUCAUUGAGUUUGGGAAGUAUGAAAUUCACACCUGGUACUCCUCCCCAUAUCCUCAAGAAUACUCAAGGCUGCCUAAAUUAUAUCUUUGUGAGUUCUGUCUAAAAUAUAUGAAAAGUAGAACUAUUCUACAGCAGCACAUGAAGAAAUGUGGUUGGUUCCAUCCUCCUGCCAAUGAGAUUUACCGAAAGAAUAAUAUUUCUGUCUUUGAGGUUGAUGGGAAUGUGAGUACCAUUUAUUGUCAAAACCUGUGUCUCUUGGCAAAGUUGUUUCUUGACCACAAAACACUUUAUUAUGACGUGGAGCCAUUUCUUUUUUAUGUACUAACACAGAAUGAUGUCAAGGGCUGCCACCUUGUUGGCUACUUUUCUAAAGAAAAGCACUGCCAACAGAAAUACAACGUUUCCUGUAUAAUGAUUCUUCCCCAGUACCAGCGUAAGGGCUAUGGCAGGUUUCUCAUCGAUUUCAGUUAUUUGUUAUCAAAGCGCGAAGGCCAAGCAGGAUCUCCCGAGAAACCAUUAUCAGAUCUAGGUCGUCUUUCCUACAUGGCCUAUUGGAAAAGUGUAAUAUUGGAGUGCCUUUAUCACCAAAAUGACAAACAAAUCAGUAUUAAGAAGUUAAGCAAAUUGACUGGAAUCUGCCCUCAAGACAUUACUUCCACACUCCACCAUCUACGAAUGCUGGACUUUCGUAGUGACCAAUUUGUGAUUAUCCGCCGGGAAAAACUUAUCCAGGAUCACAUGGCAAAGCUUCAGCUGAAUUUGCGAGCCGUGGAUGUAGAUCCAGAAUGUUUACGCUGGACUCCUGUUAUAGUCUCCAACUCUGUUGUCUCAGAGGAGGAAGACGAGGAGGCAGAUGGAGGAGAAAGCGAAGAGCCACAGUGCCAGGAAAGAGAGUCAGAGAUCAGUGUAGGAAAAUCUGUGUCUCGGGAGGACAAAGAACAGGAUUCUUAUUCUUCAAUAGAAAGUGAAAAGAAACCAGAAGUUAUGACUCCAGCCACUUCUACACGCUUGAACAAGCAGGUCCUUCCCCGUGAUAGUCUUCCUGCAAACAGUCAGCCAUCUCGGAGGGGCCGCUGGGGAAGGAAGAGCAGAAAGACCCAGGAACGUUUUGGUGAUAAAGACUCUAAACUGCUCUUGGAAGAGACAUCCUCAACUCCUCAGGAACAAUAUGGAGAAUGUGAGGAAAAAUCAGAAACCUCCCAUGAACAAUACACCAAAAGUGAAGAACAGUUGUCUGCUUCUCAGGAGCAGCCAAGCCUGGAUGGGAAGCCAGACAUCCCCAAGAGAAGAUUAAGUGAGGGCACCGAGCUAUGGCGGGGACAGCUGAAGAAAAGCCCAGAGGCUCUGAGGUGCAGAUUGUCAGAAGGAAAUGAUAGACUACCUCUUUGUUACAGUGAUGGUGACAGGACUGUCCUUAGGGGCUUCAGCGAGAGUAGUGAGGAGGAGGAAGAGCCAGAAAGUCCUCGGUCAAACUCACCACCAAUACUUACCAAACCUACUUUGAAGCGAAAGAAACCAAUUCUUCACCGAAGAAGAAGAGUCCGCAAGCGCAAACAUCACAAUAGCAGUGUAGUUACAGAAACUAUUUCUGAGACCACAGAGGUGUUGGAUGAACCCUUUGAAGACUCAGACUCUGAGAGACCAAUGCCAAGAUUAGAACCCACAUUUGAGCUUGAUGAAGAAGAAGAGGAAGAAGAUGAAAAUGAACUCUUCCAUGGAGGAUACUUCCAUCGCUUGUCCUCACAGGAUGUUCUCAGGUGUCGAUCCUCUUCUAAGAGGAAGUCUAAAGCUGAAGAGGAAGAUGAUGAGUCAGAUGAUGCUGAUGACACUCCUAUCCUAAAGCCAGUGUCACUGUUACGAAAAUGUGAUAUGAACAGUUCUUCACUGGAGCCAGAUACAUCAACACCUAUGAAAAAGAAAAAGGGAUGGCCCAAAGGCAAAAGCCGCAAACCAAUUCACUGGAAGAAGAGACCUGGACGAAAACCAGGAUUUAAGUUAAAUCAGGAAAUCACAGCCGUUUCUACUCAAGAAUGCAUUGUUGAGCCCAUUGUCCCCAUUCCUAAACCUGGACGUAAACCCAGAUCCCAAGAGAAUGAAGAAACCAUCGACUCAAAAGAGGACUUCCUCUCAUCAGAGGAAAGGAAGGAGGAAGAGAUGCAUGUGGAAGCAGACGAAGUUGAAGAGGGAGAGGACGAGGACACAACUGGCAGUGAAGUUAGAGCCACUUCUCCAGUGGGCAGCAGCAACAGCCCUGAGGCUGAAACAAAAGAACCAGAGGCAGAGGAGGAGGAAGAAAAGCCUCAUGGCGUCUUAGAAGAGCAGAGGCAGUCAGAAGAAGAGCCACAAGAGCUGGAAGAGCAGGAGCAAGAGGAAGAAGAUGACGUGACUGUGGAGACAAACCAGAAUGAAGACCAUGAUGCAGAUGAUGAAGAUGAUGGCCACCUGGAAUCUGCAAAGAAAAAGGAGCCAGAAGAGCAACCCAUUGGAGAAGAUGUCAAGGAGGAGCCUGGCAGUCAGGAGUCUUUUUUAGAUACUAACAUGCAGAACAGUAUGGAGAAUAUAAAGGAUAAAGAUGAAACAGAACCAGAUUCUGAAGAGGAGCAGCCUUCCCAUGAGACAUCUGUGGUAUCAGAGCAUAUGCCAGGGUCUGAGGAUGAUCACGAAGAAGAUUCAAACACUAAGGAAGAAUUAAUUGAAUUAAAAGAGGAAGAAGAGAUUCCUCACAGUGAACUUGAUCUGGAAACUGUACAAGCAGUGCAGUCUUUGACUCAAGAAGAAAGCAAUGAGCAUGAGGGAGCCUACCAGGACUGUGAAGAAACUCUUGCGGCUUGUCAGACCCUGCAGAGUUACACUCAGGCCGAUGAUGACCCUCCGAUGUCAAUGGUUGAAGACUGCCAUGCUUCAGAACACAAUAGCCCAAUAUCUUCAGUUCAGUCCCAUCCCAGCCAGUCUGUCCGUUCGGUUAGCAGUCCCACCGUGCCUGCCCUGGAGAAUGGCUAUACACAGAUCAGCCCAGAACAAGGAUCCCUGUCCGCACCCUCUAUGCAGAACAUGGAGACCAGCCCCAUGAUGGAUGUGCCUUCCGUAUCAGACCACUCUCAGCAGGUGGUAGACAGUGGCUUCAGUGAUCUGGGCAGCAUCGAGAGCACCACAGAGAACUACGAGAACCCAAGCAGCUAUGAUUCCACAAUGGGCAGCAGCAUCUGUGGGAAUAACUCCUCUCAGAGCAGCUGCUCUUACGGUGGGUUGUCGUCCUCCAGCAGUCUCACCCAGAACAGUUGUGUUGUCACUCAGCAAAUGGCGAACAUGGGCAGCAGCUGCAGUAUGAUGCAGCAGAGCACUGUCCAGUCUGCUACCAACUGCAAUAUCAAGUCACCUCAGAGCUGUGUGGUGGAGAGGCCUCCCAGUAACCAGCAGCCACCACCGCCACCACCACAACAGCCGCAGCCCCAGCCCCAGCAGCAGCAGCAGCAGCCAGCACCACAGCCUCCCCCACCCCAGCCGCAGCCACCACCACAGCAGCCGCCACAGCCACAGCCACAGCCACAGCAGCCUCAGCCCCCACCCCCGCCCCAGCAGCAGCCCCCACUGUCACAGUGUAGCAUGAAUAACACCUUCACUCCAGCGCCUAUGAUUAUGGAGAUCCCAGAAUCUGGGAGCACGGGGAACAUAAGUAUCUAUGAGAGGAUUCCAGGGGACUUUGGCGCUGGCAGUUACUCUCAACCAUCAGCCACCUUCAGUUUAGCCAAGUUGCAGCAGCUGACCAACACCAUUAUGGAGCCUCAUGCCAUGCCUUAUAGCCAUUCUCCUGCUGUGACUUCCUAUGCAACCAGUGUGUCUUUGUCUAAUACAGGACUGGCUCAGCUAGCUUCAUCUCAUCCCUUAGCUGGGACCCCUCAAGCACAAGCCACCAUGACACCGCCCCCCAACUUGGCAUCCACCACCAUGAACCUCACAUCACCUCUGCUACAGUGCAACAUGUCUGCCACCAACAUCGGUAUUCCUCACACUCAGAGGUUGCAAGGGCAGAUGCCAGUCAAGGGGCACAUCUCCAUCCGCUCCAAGUCUGCACCACUGCCCUCUGCAGCUGCGCACCAGCAGCAGCUGUAUGGCCGUAGCCCGCCAGCAGUUGCCAUGCAGGCUGGUCCUCGCGCAUUGGCUGUUCAGCGCGGCAUGAACAUGGGGGUUAAUUUAAUGCCAACUCCUGCCUAUAAUGUCAAUUCCAUGAAUAUGAACACCUUGAAUGCCAUGAACAGCUAUCGAAUGACACAGCCCAUGAUGAACAGCAGUUACCACAGUAACCCUGCCUACAUGAACCAGACAGCACAGUAUCCUAUGCAGAUGCAGAUGGGAAUGAUGGGGAGCCAGGCCUAUACCCAGCAGCCUAUGCAGCCAAACCCUCAUGGAAACAUGAUGUACACUGGCCCCUCCCAUCACAGCUACAUGAAUGCUGCUGGUGUGCCCAAGCAGUCACUCAAUGGACCUUACAUGAGAAGAUGAGCAAGAUGAACUUGCAGUUAAAAACUUAAAUAUAUAUAAUAAAGGAACCUUUUAUACUGACAAACCAGAGAAAAAUGGACCUUUUUUCCAGUUAAAAUAUUGCUGUAGACUUAGAGGAAUUUUUCUUUGGUUUAUUUUAUCUUUUAGAAAACCUGAUCUCUUCUUUUGGGUUCAGUUUUGUUCUGGGCUUUGGUUUUCUUCACAAUCUUGAACAUUUUACAGUAGAACUCAUCUAAAAAUGGAUUUGGGGAUAGGGGAAACAUGCACAAAAUCUUUUCAUAAUUAAAAAGAGCCUUACUUUCUUUACAUACCACGUGGACAGAAUUUAUGUAAAGUGAAUUUAUUUUAUUUUAAAAUGUAUGUUUCCCCUCCACUGUUUGCAGCUCCCAAUGUUGUCAUUUUUAAAUGUUUUAUAUACAUCUCGAGGGUCAACCAGACCCUUUCCUCCAAACCCAGCCUUUCAUUUCCUACUUCAUUCCAGCAGGAGGCACUUAGGGGAGACUCGGACGGGGACAUGGAGAACAACCCAAGCUCCUUAAACUUAUUCUUAUUGUUAAUAUUAUUAUUAUAAUUAUUAUUAUUAUUAUUAAUAAAGUGAGGCAGGAAGUGCUUCUCCUUUUAAAAUCUCCUCCACUCCCUAUAUACACACAGACACACACACACAGACACACACACAUACACCUCUUAAAACCUUUCCCCAAGAAUAUUUCUUUAUGGGCAGACUUCAUUGAAAUCUUUGAUUUUCUUGAAUCAAGUGUGAUAUAAUCCUUUUUUUUUUUUUUAAUAUUCCCACUCAGCACUCAGAGACACAAAAAUACUGUAAGUCUCACUUAACAGCAGAAUCUCAGAGGAAAGCUAUUUGCAAUCCUAAUCUAGCCUUUGGAGGGAUAGAGAUGGUCAAUUUACAAUCAAGAAGAGGAAGUGAACCUCUUGUUUUUUUACCACCUGGUGAAUCAGCCAUAACAUGCAUAUUCCACCUGGCCUCUUGUUUUUAGUAUGUACUUUGAAAUGCUAACUAAGGGUCUUGAUUUUUGAGCCUUUAACUCUGAUAAAUCUAAAAAGAGCAGUCCCCAGUGAUUUUGCCUCUCACAUUCUUUCAUAUAGUGUUGGUGGAUGACUGUGUUUCAGUGGUUUGGAAAAUGCCUGACAAAGCUUUGACCUGUUGAUCUUACACUGGAGAGGUGACACAGAAUGUUUCCGGAGGGAGACUGUGGUGUGAGUUUUAUAGCUACUUAAAUGACCCAUACCUCUAGUUUUCGUUUGUCUUGAGAUCCUGAGUUCACCCCUGUGAAUCAGAGUGCACCAGCCCCUCUCCUGCAAGUGGCUAAUGAGGAGGGAGAGAUCCACCACCAGCAGAAUAGGGCAAUCUGGACAGCACGACUUGAGCAGGUCCAUAUAUUACUCCCAAUCCAGUCUCUUUUUUUCUCUUGUGCAACCAGUUCGCCCAUUCUCUUCCUAUUACUUGCUCCAGGGAUAGGUAAAAAAAUUAUAUAUAUAUAUAUAUAUUCCAUCAUUAGAAGAUGGAAACUAUUAUACCACUUGGUAUGUGCAGUCAAAUAUCCAAAAGGGGGAAGUACUGCUUAAAGAAAUAACCUGUAAGCAUAAAUUCUCCUUUAUUUGUACAUUUUAUAUAAAUAAAUUUUUAAAGUACUAAUUAGGCAUUAAAUUUUCAAAUGCACAGGUUUGUUGGUUUUUUUAUACACUUUAAUUGACUUUUUCAAUUAAGUGUGUUAGAUAGAAAAAGACAAUUCCACACCUUACCACUAUCAACUCUGAGCGUGUUGCAAGGCUGUGUAGGACCCGGUUUCUCUGUAUAUACUAUUCCAGUUCCCAGUCAUCUCUGUAGAAAGUGCACUGUGCUGCCCUCUCCCUACAUCUUCAGCUGUGUCAUUGCUUCCUGGAUGGGAUGGGGCAGGGAUGGGUGGGGAGGGGGAGGGAGGUCUCUUGGGAGGAGGGUGGGUCAAGGCAGAAGAAGCUGUUGAAAUGAGGGCCGUGAAUUCACUUUCUGUUUGUUUGCGGUUGUGUUUGGUUUGUUUGUUUCUUUUAAAAAAAAAAAAAAUCAAUCGGGCAGCUCCCUUUUCCACAGCCUCUUUGUGACUGUAGAACUAUUGUAGAAAAAUACGUUCUUUUCUAUAUUAUAAAAGAAAUUAUCCAACACAGUAAUAUUGGUACCUGUCAUUUUUUCACUUCUGUUUUAAAUAAAAUGUAUUUUUAGCAAGAUAACUUGGGUAAUCUUCUAAAAAAGAAAUUUAAAAACUCACUGUUAGUGACUUUGAUGCCUUUUAAAAUAAGAGCUUUUUCAUUUCAUUCCAUCUUUAAAAUUUUUUAUCUUUGUUGUAGAAUAUUAAAAACUAUUUUAAGAAAAAUUAAAAUUCUCUUUAAAGAGAUCUCUAGAGUGUGUGAAUAGAGCUCCAGAUGCCUCUAAAAGCCGCAUGUACAAAUGAAGCUAAGUCUAUUCCUGUGUUUAUAUUUGCUUUUCCUGUUUUGUAACCUCUUUGUACUUUGUUCCUGGUGACUUGUAAGCUAAGGGGAAGGGGUGCCUAGAUGCCUUUGUAUUUCUCCAUGUCAUGCGCUCCUGGCCAGUUGGCCUCCCUUCCUCUCCUUGUAUGUAAUAUCUUUUUUUUCCCCUUUCUAGCAAGUACUUUCAAAAGAACUCUCUGUACAUUUUAACAUAAAAAAAUAAAUUAUGUUGAGCCAUUUUGGA